CUGACUUCUACACCAGGCAAGCAAGAAGGAGCAAUAAAUGCUAGAUUUAUAUGGGCGUUUUUGUUCAGACAGCUCAGGUGUCACAGCAAUAACAUCUUGGGUCAAAGCCUGCUGAAUAGAGAUACACGUGGACUUGAAGAGACAAAUCAGGACUCAGAUCAGAUGACUCAAAAGAGGAGAAAAAAAAGCCACCCUUUAAUCUCAGGACUGCAGUUGUGAUGUGAAUUGGAGAAGCUGAGGGCCAAUGGCCAUUUUAAGACAUGGAGGCGCUCCUGUUCGGCUUCAAAAAUCUUUUGGUAGAUGAAACUUGAUGUAAGCAUGGGGUCAAAGAAGCCAUAAAAGAUUCUCUCCACUCACCUGACUUCUGCCAGCAUGCCGUCACAGCAUAGAUGAUUCACCCUUUGAAGAGGCGAAGCUGGGAACUACUGUGGUGUAAUGAUGUAGCAGCUACAGGUGACUUACACUUGGCUUAUGAUUUAGGACAGGCCGACCACAGACAGUAUGGAAGGGCAGACAAUCUCUUGGGUCUGGAUAUAUGUAAACAGUACGGAACAACUGAACACUUCAUAUCCAUACAAUGCUACAGACUUAAGCGAAAACUCAGACAAAUACCAGUCAUACAUCGUUGGUCUCUUCCUUUCCUGCCUGUAUACCAUCCUCCUUUUUCCUAUUGGAUUUAUUGGUAACAUCUUAAUCCUGGUGGUGAACCUGAACCACAGAGAGAAGAUGACCAUCCCCGAUCUUUACUUUGUUAACCUGGCUGUAGCUGACCUCAUCCUGGUGGCAGAUUCCCUCAUUGAGGUCUUUAAUCUGAAUGAAAAGUAUUACGACUACGCCGUCCUCUGCACCUUCAUGUCACUUUUCCUGCAGGUCAAUAUGUACAGCAGCAUCUUUUUUCUCACGUGGAUGAGCUUUGACAGGUACAUCGCCUUGGCUAGCUCCAUGAGCAGCAACCCACUGAGGACUAUGCAGCACGCCAAGCUCAGCUGUGGCCUCAUUUGGAUGGCCUCCAUCCUGGCCACGCUUCUCCCCUUCACCAUUGUGCAGACCCAGCACAGAGGUGAGGUGCACUUCUGUUUCGCCAAUGUCUUUGAGAUUCAGUGGCUGGAGGUAACCAUUGGCUUUUUGGUGCCCUUCUCCAUCAUUGGUCUAUGCUACUCUCUGAUUGGGCGAAUUCUCAUGAGGGCCCAGAAGCACCGUGGACUGUGGCCACGGCGGCAGAAGGCUCUGCGCAUGAUUGUGGUGGUGGUUCUGGUAUUCUUCAUCUGCUGGCUGCCAGAGAACGUCUUCAUCAGCAUUCAACUACUGCAGGGCACAGCUGACCCAUCGCAGAGGACUGCUACCACCCUGUGGCACGACUACCCGCUCACAGGCCACAUUGUUAAUCUGGCAGCUUUCUCCAACAGCUGCCUCAACCCCAUUAUCUACAGCUUUCUAGGAGAGACCUUCAGGGACAAGCUGCGUCUCUUCAUUAAGCAGAAGGCCAGCUGGUCGGCCGUGAACCGCUUUUGCCACCAUGGUCUUGAUUUACACCUCCCUGUCAGGGGUGAGGUGUCAGAGGUGUGA